UUCCUUCAUUGCUUUAAGUACUAGCUUCACAUCACUAUACACGGUACACGCUCUCACUACUUUUUAUCAUCCACUGUCUUUCACCAUGCCUUCUGUUUCUCAGCAAUGGCUGCUACUGCUUCUAAUAACCACAGUACUAACAGUCUUCGCACGUGCCGACUUACCAGGCACGUGGGAGCUCCUCGUGCAGAACGCCGGCGUAGCCUCCAUGCACACCGCCGUCACACGCUUCAAUACCGUGGUGCUCCUCGACCGCACCAGCAUCGGCCCUUCCCGCAAAAUGCUCCGCAGGGGCCACUGCCGCAACGACCCCUACGACGCGGUUCUGAAGCGCGACUGCUACGCCCACUCCGUGCUCUUCGACCUCCAGACAAAGCAAAUCCGCCCGCUCAUGAUCCAGACCGACACGUGGUGCUCAUCCGGGCAGUUCCUCCCGGACGGCACGUUAUUACAAACGGGUGGUGACCUGGACGGGGUGAAAAAGAUCCGAAAAUUCGUCCCGUGCGAGGCAACCGGGUCGUGCGACUGGGUGGAGCUUGCUGACGUGGAAUUGGCCAACGGGAGGUGGUACGCCACGAAUCAGAUUCUGCCGGACGGGUCGGUGGCUAUAGUCGGCGGGAGAGCGGCCAACACGGUGGAGUAUUACCCGCCGAGAAAAGGCGCCGUUGCGCUCAAUUUCCUUGCUGACGUGGAGGACAACCAAAUGGACAAUUUAUACCCGUACGUGCAUCUCCUCCCCAACGGCCACCUCUUCAUCUUUGCUAACAACAAAGCGGUGUCGUACGAUCACAACGUGGAUAAAAUCGUGAGGGAAUAUCCACCGUUGGAUGGCGGCCCACGUAAUUACCCGUCCGCCGGAUCAUCCGCAAUGCUGGCGUUAGAAGGCGACUACUCAACGGCUGUGAUUUUGGUUUGCGGCGGGGCCCCGUACGGCGCUUUCAUCGCGAGGAUGACCGACACCCCGGCGCACGGUAGCUGCGGGCGCAUCGUAGCGACGUCGCCCGACCCGGUUUGGGAAAUGGAGGACAUGCCGUUCGGGAGGAUUAUGGGGGACAUGGUCAUGCUCCCAAGCGGCGACGUUUUGGUCAUCAACGGAGCGCAAGCUGGGACCCAGGGCUUCGAGGCGGCAUCCAACCCGUGCUUGUACCCGCUUCUUUACCGAUACGACCAGCCGGUCGGCUUGCGGUUCAUGACUUUGAACCCGGGAACCGUGCCCCGAUUGUACCACUCCACCGCGAAUCUCUUACCCGACGGGCGGGUAUUAAUCGCCGGAAGCAACCCGCAUUAUUUCUACAGAUUCGACGCCGAGUUUCCCACGGAGUUACGAAUCGAAGCGUUUUCGCCCGAGUAUUUGAGUCCGGACCGGGCGAAUCUUCGACCCAUUAUCGAGGGGAUACCCGAAACGGUGCGCUACGGCGAGAGUUUUGACGUUUCGGUGUCGGUUCCGCUGUCCGUGGUGGGGGUUGUGGAGGUUAAUUUGGGGAACGCGCCUUUUGCCACGCAUUCGUUUUCGCAGGGUCAGCGGCUGGUCAAACUGGCCGUUACGCCGUCGGUGCCGGACGCUGAGGGGCGUUACAGGAUUAGCUGUGUGGCGCCGCCGAAUGGGAUGGUUGCUCCGCCAGGUUAUUACAUGGCAUUUGCGGUCAAUCAGGGCGUGCCAAGUGUUGCGCGCUGGAUACAUCUGGUGUCUUGAUGUAUGAUUUUAAUUUUUGGUUAGAAAGUUCGUUAAUGAAUUAAAUGUGGAUAAGAACCGUAAAGCAUUAAUUGAUAUUUUGCUUCCUU